GUUACUCCAGAGAAACGUGACCGAAUCCUAAAUGUUCAGGCAAACUCUUUGAACUCUCUUAAUACAAAGCUCUUUGGUUCCGUUAAAUCGCAACCCCUUUCAGUUUACUCAAGAGCGAAGAAACUGUUCUUAAGGAGUUCGGCAAUGGAUCUUGAUGGUUUUGCUUUGACUGCGAGAGAAGCUGAAGCCCGUUUACUGCGCCAACAUAUAGAUCAAUGCUUGUUGAAACUGGAGUCCACAUCUAUUUACGUGUCUGGUCCUCCUGGGACCGGAAAAACCGCGCAGGUAAACGCGAUAUUGAGUUCUCUGAUUGUGGAAGAUAUCGAGAAUGCGGAUGAUAGGAUUUACAAAGUUCCAGUGAGGAUAGACUCGAAGAGAAUCAACCGCAGACUAAGGAUCGCCAAAAUCAACUGCAUGACUGUACGCAAAGCAGAAGACAUAUUUGAUGCCAUUUAUAGCGACCUUGAGGGCCAGUUCACGCGCAAAAGGAGAACUUCUCAGGACCUCAAGAGAUUUCUAACAGACAAGUCCAAGUGCGAUAUCACAAUUGUGGUUUUGGACGAAAUGGAUAACCUCAUGGGUAAUAGCCAGCAGGUACUUUUUGACCUUUUUUCAUGGGCGUCGGAUAUGUCAAAUGACAAUCCAAAACUGGCCAUCAUUGGAAUUGCUAAUGCUCUGGACUUGACUGAUCGAUUCCUUCCGCGGCUGAAAAGUAACAAUAUCAGUCCCAAAUUGAUUCCAUUUUUACCUUAUACAGCAGAUCAAAUCAAACAAAUAUUGACCGCAAAGCUCUGCUCUCUUGCGGAUGGCAAGACAAAUGUUCCUCCUUUGGUUCAUCCUGCUGCAAUCCAGCUUUGUGCCAAAAAAGCGGCAAUAACCACAGGGGAUUUGAGAAGUGCUUUUGAUAUUAUGCAUAGAGCUCUUGAACUAACAGAAAGCUUACAAUUACAAAAACUUGGUAGCAAGGAGCUUUACAAUUUGACUCUUGAGAACGCUCCUAAGGUAAUGAUUUCCCAGCUGGCCAGAGUCUGUAACAGCACAGUCAGCUCAAAUUUCAACUCCAAAUUGAAGGAUCUCAAUAUUCAGCAUAAAACUGUGCUGUGCUCUCUGAUAAAAUAUGAAGAAGUAUUGAAGAGUCAAAAGUCCAAAAUCAUUGCAUCAAUUAAUUCAUUCUAUUCAUAUUACGCAUCACUGCAAGAUGUGCGCAAAGUCAUUGGUGUUCUUAACCGAGGCGAAUUCCUCGAAGUUUUGAGCUCAUUAGAGUCUGAUUCUUUUAUCAAUAUUUCCUCAUCUAUGAACUCGAAAAUACAUACCACACUAUCUUCUAGCGUUCCGAAGAUGGAUAUCCUCAAGAUCGUUGAUGAUAUCGGGAUUCUCAAGAAAAUUCUGGCCGGUACAGAAAAUUGCAUAUAA